CGGAGGCGGGGGUUGUAGUUCAAACCCACAGUCGGUACUCGGCAGAUAUUGUACUGCAGCUCAAAAUAUAAUUAGUGGAUUUUAAUUAUGGCUGGUGGUAAGGCAGGGAAAGACUCCGGGAAGACCAAGACGAAGGCUAUUUCGCGCUCGCAGAGAGCAGGACUGCAGUUCCCGGUGGGUCGUAUUCACAGACACCUCAAGUCCAGAACCACCAGUCACGGCAGAGUGGGAGCCACCGCCGCUGUGUACAGCGCCGCUAUCCUCGAAUACCUCACGGCCGAGGUUCUGGAGUUGGCAGGAAAUGCAUCAAAGGAUCUGAAAGUGAAGCGUAUAACCCCUCGCCACUUGCAGCUGGCCAUUAGAGGAGACGAGGAGCUUGAUUCACUGAUUAAGGCCACUAUUGCUGGCGGAGGUGUGAUCCCUCACAUUCACAAGUCUCUGAUUGGAAAGAAGGGCCAGCAGAAGACUGUAUAACCUGAAGUGCUGUUGAAGGCGUGCCAUCUCAGGACGAAGUCUGCAUCAAGUGGUUAAAUGUCUUAGAAUAGAACACCUUUAGAGUUAUUUGUAUGGUUGAGCUUGCAUUUACUCACCUGGGGUAUUUUUUUAAAAGUGGCUUCAGAGAAGCUCAUUUUUUUGUGUUCUGGCUUCUUUUUUUUUCUGGUGCUGCAGUUUGUGUUGAAACUUGCUUUUGUGGCAUUCCCAUGUUCAAAGUGGUGUUUUAAUAAAGCUCUUACUGGGCA